AUGGCUAUUCUACGUGGCGGCCGUGGCCGCAUCGGUCUUGAGGUCGAGGUCCUCGUUGAUAGCAAUCCGGCCAAGGAAUUUGAUGAGAAAAACGACGAAGAAACGCCCGAAAGAACUGUUACUAAGUACAUCGAAGCCGUCACAGAUGCGAAAUUCGAGAUCCGCUACGAACUCACCAAUCAUCGCUAUACUCGUCAUGGUGUCUUGUUCGAGCUUCAUAUAGAUGGCCAAAAAGUCGAAAGCUGCAUUCAUAGAAACUCUCGUAUUGGCAGGGAAUUGGUUACCAUCUGUAAAGGAGCAAGGGUCCGAAGCAAUCGGACAUUUGUCCUGAGGGAGUUUCACUUUUCAGAGUUAGCUACAGACAAAACCCGACCGCAUUUACAAGACCCGGGCGUCUUGGAACAGAUCGGAACAAUCUCUGUCAAGUUCUAUCUUAUCAAAAGAAUCGGAAAAUCAGGCAGGUCUUCCAGGAGAUCAACAACAGGAACAACAACUUUGACAGAACGGCAACAAAUUCCCGAAUCGGAUUUGAAGGGUCAGAGUCUCUCACACUUUGGAGGCUUUGGACCGGCACUGCCUACUGGGAAGUUUGGUAGUUUGGGGGUGCGGUAUGUGGAUAGCGAACGCAAGCCCUUUGGAACCUUCAACUUUUACUAUCGAUCACUCGCAUCCUUGAAGGCACUUGAGAUUGUUCCUCGCUCGCCAUCCCCUGUCCCUCCUCCAUCAGGGCCCCGUCCCUAUCAGAAUAUGACUCAAGCGGAGCUGGUCGAGAUCGUCAGAACUCAAGAAAAGCAACUUGAAGCCAUACGAGCAGCCAUGGGCCAAACAGUGAUCACAGUGCCUAAGAUCGAACCGCGAGCCAACCCUACCCCAAAACGUGAGAUGGUAAAUGAAGAUGAGCUCUCUCUCCUCAGUGUUGAGAGAGCCAAGGGCCGUCGUCAGGUCCCCGGUGAGAGCCAUGAAGUCAUUGAACUUGAUUGA